AUGGUUUUUGCAAAAAUAGCAUUAGGAACAGCAGGUGCAGUAACUAUUGGAUAUAUAUUUGUACCACCAUUUAAUAGAAAACUUGAAAGAAAUGUUCUAAGACCAAUUAGAAAUUAUAGAAGACAUUUAUAAUAAGAAGAUUCAUUCAAGACUGAAGUAUGUCACUAAUAAAAUUUGUUAGGAAGAAUUCUAUCAAUUCUUAGGAAGUGUUGCUUUAGGUACAUUGAGAAUGUUUACAAUCGAAAGCGAUUGA